CUACCACAUAUCGAAUUGUCGACUUGUCGCUUACAGCACAUCCUUAGCUAAAACGAAAGUAAAUAGAAAAAUACUUGCCACUUUCCGUGUUUUGUGGGCAAUAUGGUAUCACGUUUCGAUCAGCAAAAGACCAAGCAUCAGCUCUUCCAUGUGUCACUUAGCCUGGCCACAAUACUGAUAUGCAUGACCUACAUGCAGUACCGUCGGAAUUGGGCACAUCUGGGCAGCUUUUGGGAUUCACUGAUUGUACCAAUUGUGUUCAUUGGCGAACUGCUCAAAGUAAUACUAGCACGCUUCUUUGGACGCAUUGAGGAUGGCGUGCUGACGGUCAAGCAGCGCCAGAAAAAGGCUUCAUAUUUCACGCCACGCGAAUUAUUCGGUGGUCUAACGUUGCAGUUUUUGUGCACCCUGCUCUACGCCUUCAUCUGCAUCAUUCUGGGUGCACCAGUGUUGGCUAACUACGAGCAGACGUUUGUGCUGUCGCUGCUGAUGACACUCUUAACGGUUUCCCCUACAGUUUUCCUACUCGGCGGCGGUGGCGCUUUACAGGUGUGCUUCUGCGAGAAGCCAGACUUUAUAACCAAAUGCGAGGAUACGGCGUUGCAUCUGUUCAAGUACAAUGCGCUCGGCGGCAUCCUGGGCGCUUGGGCUGGCAGCGUGGUGGCCCCGCUGGACUGGGGACGUGACUGGCAGGCUUAUCCCAUACCAAAUGUGAUUGGCGCCCUGCUGGGCAGCGCUCUGGGCAAUAUUUAUGCUUGCACGCAUGUCUUGUAUGCGUGCGGACGUGUUUACAUGAGCAAGAAACGCGCUUAAAUCCAAUAAUGUAAUCAAUAUAUCCUGCCACCAAGAAAUUUACGUUGCGCUGCCAUCACAUCCACAUCUAUUGAAGCAAACCGCAUCGUUGUCUAGUCAACUGCUUAUGAUUUACAUACAUAUACCAAAAAAGCAAUUAACAAUACUUUAAUGUUACAUGAGUAAGCAAUCUAUUAGCAUGUACAAUUAAUUCAUUUUUAAAUCAAUCAACUAAUAAACUAACUAAUAACACA